CUCAUUAUUUUGUUCUUCAUUACCAGUGGACCAAAAAGCUGAAUAAUCCCUGAUUCUGUUGAAAGGAUGAGAAUUUAGAUAACAAAAGAUUUACAACAAGGAAGCCUGUGUUAUCUUCCCUCUUCGUUUAUAAACUGGUGGUUCUGUUGAUGUCAGUCUGAAAUAAAUGUCAGCUUCCCCUUCAAUUCGCUGCUGGGUGGAUUGUAAUUCCAUUAAUCAUCUGUCUUUGCCUCCCGGGAUUGGGCCAUCAAUGCUUUCGUACCACUCAAGAGCUGAUUUUGUGAAACUCAACCUUUGCCCGGGCCUUAGUUCGCUUUCUUCUUUGGAGCGUAGCAGUGGUGAACUAAAACUCCAGUCAAAGCCUAUAGUGCCUUUAAGAAACUUUCAUCAACCGUGUGCAUUGGUAGUUAGAUGUGAUCACCCUCAAAAUGAGGAUUUGCCUCGCUAUUAUUCGAAGAAAGAGAAGAAGCCCUUCCCUGUACCCAUAGUGGAGCUGAGGCGAGCUGCUAGGGAGAGGUUCAAGAAGAGCAGAGGCCAGCCUAAAAAACCGGCUCCACCUCCGAAGAACGGCUUAAUCGUUAAAAGCCUAGUACCCCUUGCCUACGAUGUGCUGAAUGCAAGGGUUACAUUAAUUAACAAUCUCAAGAAACUCUUGAAGGUGGUGAAAGUUCAUGCUUGCGGCUUUUGUAAUGAAAUUCAUGUUGGUUCUGUCGGGCAUCCAUUCAAGUCAUGUAGGGGUCACCGUGCUUCCAUCCGUAACGGCCUUCACCAAUGGACAUAUGCAACUGUUGAUGAUGUAGUCUUGCCAGUCGAUGCCUACCAUCUAUAUGAUCGCCUUGGAAAGCGUAUACGUCACGAUGAGAGAUUCUCCAUUCCUCGGAUUCCCGCAGUCGUUGAGCUCUCCAUCCAAGCUGGUGUUGAUGUUCCUGAAUAUCCAACAAAGAGGAGAAGAAAGCCAAUCAUUUGGAUUGGUAAAAGCGAAUUUGUUGAUGCUGAUGAAAGUGAACUACCAGAUCCUGUUCCUGAAGUUCCCUUGAAACCAUUAUUGACCGAAAUACCUGAUCCGGAGGUAGUAGCUCCUUGCGAUGAAGACGAAAUAAUCCGGCUUGCUGUGGAAACACUCGAAGCAUGGGAACAAAUGAGGAGAGGAGCUAAGAAGCUAAUGAGGAUGUAUCCUGUGAGGGUUUGUGGAUAUUGCCCGGAGGUGCACGUUGGUCCCUCGGGGCACAAAGCACAGAACUGCGGUGCCCACAAGCACCAGCAACGAAAUGGGCAACAUGGUUGGCAAGCAGCAGUGCUGGACGACUUGAUACCUCCAAGAUAUGUGUGGCAUUUGCCUGAAGCGAAGGGACCGCCUUUGCGACGGGAACUCAGGUCUUUCUACGGGCAAGCCCCAGCUGUGGUGGAAAUUUGUGUGCAGGCCGGUGCUGCUGUGCCUGAUCAAUAUAAACCAACCAUGAGGUUAGAUAUCGGGAUCCCCACCAGUCUUAGAGAAGCUGAAAUGGUAGUGUGACCCUUUGACGAUCUUCGCUUCUUAUGUUGUAUUCUUCAUGUAUUGUAAAUUAUAAUUGAAUAUUUAUGUCGACAUAGAGUUGUUCACCAACGAACUAUAGUUUCAUGCACUUGAGUUCUCA